AUGACUAGUCAAGACACAUCUCGGCAGCCCCUCACCCUUACGGAUGAAGAUCUCAAUCUUACAUUCAAUGCGACGUACACUGAUACCGUCAAUCCAUUCAAAGUUUCCGUAAAGCAGGCCUUCGUGGAGCAAACUAGACUCAAGGCCUCAUUGACUCGCUUCGUCGACACCGAGUUUCAGCCCAACGACCAACCCGAGUUUACUGAUGGUCCUCCCGCUCAUUCUGCUAAAACAAUUGCUUCUCACUGGGCAAAUGUGUUUGAUUGGCGAGCCGUCGAGGAUGAUAUCAACACUCGACUGACCCAGUUCACGACAAUUGUGCACACACCACAUACGGCAUACAAAGAGCCCAUACCACUUCACUUCGUGCAUCAUCGUUCCCCUCGCCCCGAUGCUAUACCACUUCUCUUUGUCCAUGGCUGGCCCGGCUCAUUUCUCGAAGUCGCCGAAAUAGUUCAUUUACUCACACAUCCAACUGAUGACUCUGCUCCAGCUUUCCAUGUAGUGGCGCCGUCUAUUCCCGGCUAUGGCUUCUCACCAUCUCCGCGCGCACCCGGAUUCGGAUAUCGCCAAGCCGCCGCUGCCUUCAAUACUCUAAUGCAACAGCAUCUCGGAUACACACGUUAUGUGGCACAAGCCGGAGAUGCUGGAGAUUUCAUAAUCAGAUAUGCGGCAUUGGAAUUCCCUGACGCUGUUGUGUCCUUGCAUUCCAACUUCUGGGUUGUUCCACCAACCGACGAGGAUCUCAAGAAGUUGAAGGAAGGAAAUUCCACAUCCGAAGAGGUUGAAAUCAUUGGACGACUGAGUGGCUUCUCUGGUGAACUUUGGGCGUAUGGACAAGUUCAUCAAACGCGUCCCUUGAAACUGGCCCAUGCAAUGACCGACUCACCGGUGGGAUUGGCCAUGUGGAUAUACGAUGCUUUAGUUAAAUGUGUCGAAGAGGAAAACAUCGCCAAGAUUUGGACGCCAGAUCGAGUCAUCACAUGGACCAUGAUGCACUGGAUUCCCGGUCCUUAUGCUACGUUUUCACUUUACAAGCACGGCGCAGCCGAUGGGGCCAUAUCCAUGUCUGGAAUUGAAAACCUCCCGUACGUAAAUCAGCCUGUGGCUAUCAGCCAGUUUCCGCACGAUAUCUGGUAUCAUACUCCGUUGGAGUGGGCAAAGAGGAAUGGUAACGUAAAGUGGAGUGCCGUACACGAAAAAGGAGGGCACUUUCCUGCAUUGGAGACACCCGAGGUCCUAGCCAGAGAUGUACGGCGAUUCUUUGGUGAUGCAGAAGAGAGUGGAACGAAAGUAUUUAGGCAAAAGGAUACGUCGGAAUAA